AUGUGCUCCUUCUGGGAGUCCGGGUGUAUCGAUCCGCUCGCCCAAACCGCCGUUCCGAUUGACUUCUCGCCACUGUUUCCAGACCCGAUCACCUUCUUCUAUGCCUUCGAUGAACUCAUAUCCGGCAAAGGCCAGGGCCCGAUGACCAAGACCAGUUACUGGCUGCGAUAUCAGGAUCGGAACAUCAACAAAGAUGCGGUGACGUCAAAUCGGACGUCCGAAAUUGCCCUGCGUGUGGGCAAUCUGACGGGCACCCCGUCGGGAACUACAAAUGGCUGCGACGGGAUUUGGGGGAGUCCUUGCUCCCAUGAUAUCAAAGGCGCUCUGCAGCAUACCAUCUUCCACCUCGCUACCUCGGGCGAAUACUAUUCAAAGCCUCUCGAAGCGACCUUGGCACACAUGAUGGUGUACCCUCCCUCCCUUCCGAAUUGCGGAGCUCCUAUCUUUGAUGUAGCAUCCAUUCCUGUGCAAGAAUUCGCCAAAGAGAGAGUCCCAGGUCCAAAUGUCACUGCGAUGCCUUCUGGCUCGGGUAAUCACCCAUGGCAGGUUUGGUACAUUGAUGGCAUGACCUCGAAUCAGCAAGCUUCCCAGGUCGCAGUUGGAAUCAUUGCUCGUUCACCGACAUAUAAUAGCCCGCCACCGCUUACUCCUGACGAAAUCCAGGUGGAGCUAGUAUGUCUUCAGGCUCCGCAAGGCCCGCCAGUCGGUCCUUCCAAGGGAUCAUGA